AUGCGAAAGGGCAGCAGUGGACGUUUGGGGGUCAGCAAUGACGGGAUGGUGGUGGCGCCGCCGUCCCCCCAAUUCAGCCCGUUCCGGCGCCUCCAUCGUGAACUUGCAACACCGGUGACACCGCCCUCGCUGAAGCGCAAGUCCGCCGCGCCCAACAGAUUCUCCACACGUAGACGUAGAUACUGUGCGAAGCUGGUCUCCAUUAUGGGCGUUGCGUUACUUAUGAUGGGCAUCUUUUAUUACUCGAGUCGUUGCACCGCCACAGUUCCGAACGUAAAGUUCGUGCCCGUGCGGACCGUGCCGGUGCACGCCGUGCAGGUGGAGUCACGGAAGGCCAACCCCAUUGCGCUCAUUAUGCCGCUCGUCGGCUACCCGCUGAGCAGCAGCACAGGAGUGGAGUUGCUGCGUGAGCUGCUGCAGCCGUUGCUGUUGUCGGAGGCGGCGCUGUGCUACCGCGCGGCCGACGGGGCGGCGGUGCCGGUGGUGGCGCACGCCGUCGUCGUGAGUCGCGUGUCGGCCACUGCGGUGCGGAGUGCGGUGCGUGGCGUGUUGGCGAAGGGCUCGACGACGGCGGGGUCGGCGGUGGCGGCGGCCGAGGCGGGCGGGUCGCUGACGUCCGGUGCGCGGUGGCGGACGUGGGAAGUGAGUGCUGCGUCGGUGCGCUCGGCCCUGCGACUGGCGAACACGAGCGACGGCAGCGGUGCGCGGUGCCUGGCGGAGGCGGUGACGGUGGUGGCGCACGCGGUGGAAGACGGCGGUGCGAUUUACGGCAAGGAGCCGGCGGAGACGCUGGAGGUGCUGGUGGACGCCGGUCUGCGGACGCGCGGCGGGGGUGCGGGGACGCACUUUGUGGUGCUGCCGUCCUUCUUGAGCGCGUCGAGGAUGGCGUACACGGAGCCGGACGAUGCGUCGGAGGCGCGGCGCGCGGGGACGGGGCUGUUGGAUGCGCUGCUGCGGACGGCGACGACGCGCAACGGCGGUCGUGU